AUGGUUAUCGGGGCGAAGGUACGUGAAAAAAGCACGGCGGCUGCGCGCUAUUGGCGACAGUUACGCUUCAAGACAUUACGACGCCAGUUGGUGACUCCACAUGAAGGCGAAAUACGCCUGCCAUCGGCCUCGUGUGCGGUGCACGGGGCUCCACUACCCCCGGUGCGCAUUAAAGUGUCCACCAGCCAUGAAGAACUGCUGAGAUGGUUUCAGUUGGAAUACUUCGGCUUCUUCCACCCCAUCUCCGCCAAGGAGGAGCCUGAGGAUGGCACCAAUUCUGAUCUCUGCGUCCACGUUGGGCCGCCAAAGUCUCUGGGGUAUCCUUACACCCUUGUUUCCGAAGUCAUCAACUUCACUGAAGCCGUUCGCCGAGGCGAAGAGCAUGCCGCUCGGGAGGGAACGGACUUGGUGGGGAGCCCACACUCUACAAGGUGGAUCACGCAGCCGUUGCUUGAUGGGUUUGUUUCUCGUCGGGUUGUGGCCCACGUCGGUUUAACAAGUAGUAACAUGCCGCAAACGUUGGCGUUGGCCCGUCGACUAAGCUUGGAACUGUCACCGAGUGACGUGUCUCCCUACUACUGUGCCAAUGAGCUCCUGUCUUCGUGGGGUCUGUUUGGCCUUCCGGAUCCAAGCAGUGCGGAGUUUAGAACCGACGACGUCAGUCGCCUGGUGCAACUAGCGCAUGCUAGUACUGUGAUUCCCAUGCAUCAGGGUCUCUGGAUAAAUGGAGCCGCUCUUUGCAAUGACAAGGGCGACGCAGUUUUGAUACUAGGACCACGACGAAGUGGCAAAACGACGUUGGCGCUCCACAGCCUUGCGACCUCGUCACCUCGUCUUCGUGUCGUGGGUUUAGAGAACUUCUACCUUGCCGAAGCAGGCACUCUUGUUGCCGCCACACCGAGCCCCGAUGAAUCCACAGUGCUUCUCAUGGGCCUUCCCACCUCCGCGAAAGUGGGCGUUGGGGCUCUCCUGGGGACACUCCGCGCGAACCCCACGUUGGCGGAGGCAGCCCGCACCUUUCAGCUUUCCCCGUCCACGAUACAGCAGCUCAUUCGAAAUAAUGAGCUGACCAUUUGGAAUAUUGGCUCAAACCACCAGAUUCAUAUUGCGGAGGCCUUUGGGCGUCAGCGUUGGUGCCCCACUCUCAUUGCACGAUUGAAGGGGAUUUUGCUGCUCAAUUGGGACGUCCAGGAGCUUUCCAGGCCGCAUUCACGCCUUAGCACGCAAGUACUGAAGUGGGAGAAGAGAGAAAAAAGCCUUGGGUUGUUGAAAACCCUUGCGGAAGGAAAGUCUGGCGCCCUUUUUAAAGGGCAUUAUCUUCUACGCUCGUUGUAUGAUGAGACAAACGCUAUGAAUUUGCUUGAGGAUUUUCUUUUUGGCGCGAAUGAAUCCUCCGUGCCUCCACUCUACGAGAUGCGGGGUUCUGUUAGUUUUGAUGCUGCGGUAAAGCUUAUUGGCAGUCAUAUCUUGAAGCAGAGCUAUUCUUAA